AUGGUUGCUAAGUAUAUAAUUGUUAGUGCACAGCUCAAACUUUCACAUAAUUUUAAUCCUUUCCCCCUCAUCAUCAAUCCCUUCUAUUGCUCUAAUCAUGUUUGCGAACUGUGUCCCCCAACUCUCCCUGCUCAUACAUGCACCAACCCAGACCCUGCAGAGGCAGAGAAGGCUUCCUUGAAAGAGCAGAACAUGGUUGCAUUGGCAGGGCUCAUGGAAGAGGCAAAAUAUGUGCCCAAUGACUGGGAGGAUAUGCAGGAGGAGAAGACAACCUGGCUAAGGCACUGUGAGGAGAAGACAGCAGUAUUGAUGCCAUUGGUUGAGCAAGGGAAGGUGCUUGGGGUCUCCAUGCAGGUCAAUGCAGAAGAUGCUCCUGUGCUGGCUGAGGCUGAUGAUCUCUACAAACAGUGGACUGCAGAGGAAGCCAAAGCAUGUGCAAAGGCUAAGCAGGAUGUUCAGAUGGGGGAGGAGGCUGCAGUGGAGCUUGGUGAUGACAGUGCAGUGAAGAUGUCCCAUGUGGAGGUCCUGCAACCAACUUGCAAGAAAUCUCAACAGGCAAUUGCUGAAAGUGACAAUGAUGAGAGGUCCAAGGCAUCCAUCCCCCCAGGGUCAGUACUACAUGCAGUGCCCUGA